AUGUCGGGAGCAACCGGACCGAAUCAACAAAUUGUAAUUCAAAAGGAAGGAAGUUCUCUUUCCCAGUUUCAGUGUCCGAUUCUGAAACCAACAAACUAUACAGUUUGGGCUAUUCGUAUCAAGACGAUUCUUGAAGCGAAUGGUUUGUGGGAAAUGAUUGAACCGGCAGAAAAUGCAACGGUAGACACCAAGAAAGAUAAGUCUGCAAUUGCAUAUCUGUUUCAAGCAAUACCAGAAGACGUUGUAUUGCAAGUUGCAAGUUGUAAAACUGCAAAAGAGAUUUGGGAUAAUCUAAAGGUUAGACACGUUGGUGUUGAUCGGGUACAAAAGGCGCGUAUGCACACGCUAUUGUCAGAAUUUGAGUUAUUGCAAAUGAAGGAAGAUGACACAAUAGACGAGUUCACUGCAAAGAUUAAUAGUAUUGUUACACGGGCAAGCGAGUACGGAAGGACGUUGAAUCAAUCCACUCUGGUACGAAAACUUCUAAACGCCGUGCCAGAUAGAUUUAUUCAAAUAGUUGCAUCGAUCGAGCAAUACUCCGAUCUAGACACAAUGACACUAGACGAAGCUAUUGGUAGACUAAAAACGUAUGAAGAAAGGUUAAAGUUGAAGAAAAAGGAAAGCCCCGUGAACAAUUUAGAAGAACUCUUGUAUACGGGUCAUGGACAACAUGUUGGAAAUCAUGGACGAGGGAGAUUCCGUCCGUCACGAGGCCGAGGAAGAGGGGGGUGA